CCUAUCAAGGAGAAUGUGGAUAAUAUUAGAAGAAGGAAUUUGAACGCACUUUAAAAUCAAACCAGAACAGAAAACACGCAUCCAUUCUGCCUUUGAACUAAAUUACUACACAAGAAAACCUCCCCAAAUACUGUUGCACCUUCCAGAAGGUUAAUCUCGAGUGGAAAGCAGAACUGAAGAGAAUAUACGAAGCAAAAAUUAAUAACAAAGCCCUACGGACACAACCGAAAAGGAACUGCAUCUCCUUGCACAUGAACACCACCACUACACAUACCGAACCAUUGCUAUCCUACACUACCACAAAGAAACACUUCCUCCUCCUGGUACUUUGUUUUUGUGCAUCUGCGAUUCCACAAAAGUGCCUAAAAAGAUACGAUUUUGUUUCCUUCCGUACGAACUGCAAAUCACGGAAGUCCCGCUGUUGCUUAGGCAAGUUGAACUGACAGCUGACAACAAUGUUUUUGUAAUCAGUCGUGCACGUGCUAUUGUGCUGCGGAAUGUAUUGAAUCGGCGUGCGUGCGAUUUGUUUCGAAAAAAGUAAGAUAGAACCAUGAAUAGCAGCCAUCUAUUUCAACCAAACCGAGCCCUUGGCUACGUUAGCAAUCAUAUACCUCCCAGCGUACGCUACAUUGACCAGAGACGUGAGAAUGUUGUCAUCACUUGUGUUGGACGUUCGUUCCACGUUUAUGGCUGCAACAGCUUUCGUCUGAUUCGUACUGGCCGAAUCCAUCCGGCCAACAUCACUGCCAUCGCCGCGGAUGGGUUCUUAACGUAUGUUGCCGCCGGCAACCUCAUCUACGGAUGGCGAUCGAGCGUGGAACUGCGCAAAGUGUAUCGCGGGCAUGUGAAGCCGGUACGUCUGCUGUUGCCGUUCGCCAAACAUCUCAUAUCAGUGGAUGAGAGCAGUCUGCUGAAGAUAUGGAUCGUGUCUACGCAGGAGCUGUACUUGGAGAUCCCAUUUGCAGCGCACACGUUUGAAAUAUCGGCCAUCGUGCAUCCAGCGUCGUAUAAAAACAAAAUUUUGCUUGGUAGCGCCCAGGGGGGUCUGCAGCUGUGGAAUUUGAAGUCGUGCAAAUUGGUGCACAAAUUUACGGAUUUCGAUAGCAAAGUAAUGCAGCUGGAGCAAGCUCCCGCUCUGGACGUUAUCGCCGUAGGAUUACAUAGUGGAAGGAUCGUGUUGCUCAACAUCCAGUACGAUCAACCGGUGAUGGAAGUUCACCAGGACUGGGGACCGGUGACAGCGAUAAGCUUCCGUACCGAUGGUACCGCCAUCAUGGCCAGUGCCAGUUCAAACGGGCAGGUUGUGUUUUGGGAUUUGGAAGAAAAAACCAUCGUAUCGACACUGAUGGCACACGAUGAUUCGGUGACCGGGCUUCACUUUCUACCUAACGAACCAUUGUUGGUAACGAGCUCGCCAGACAACUCUUUGAAAAUGUGGAUUUUUGAUCUGUCCGAUGGUGGGGCACGUUUGUUGCGUUUCCGCGAAGGCCACGCCGCACCGCCCACGUGCAUCCGAUAUCAUGGUUCAUCCGGUCGGAAUAUAGUGUCAGCGGGUGAAGAUUCUUCGUUGAGAAUUUUCAGCACUGUAGCUGAAACGUUAAACUGCAGCUUAGGGAAGGCUAGCUAUAACAGAAAAGCUUCUAAAAAGCAAAAGAAGAAAUCCGAAGAUCCCUUCCGUAUGCCACCCAUCAGCUACUUUACAUCGGAAGUGACGCGCGAUAAAGAGUGGGAUAGCAUCGCUGCUCUUCAUCAAGGUCUAGUUCAAGUGACUACAUGGUCAUAUGAUAAACGACGUAUGGGCGACCUUCAUCUCGUACCGGAGGCUUUCCAAAACAAACAGCACAAAAAAGACUUCAGUGUAAUGGCCACCUGUUUGUGCUUGAGUCAUUGUGGCAAUUUUGUCGUCAUCGGCUACUCCAGCGGCCAUGUGGAACGUUUCAAUGUACAGAGUGGCAUUCAUCGCGCUAGUUAUGGUGCACCAACAGCUCAUAACGACUACAUUCGUGGCUUGUCGAGCGACAAUCUGAAUCAGUUGGUUGUUUCGGGUGCAGCCGACGGGCUGUUAAAGUUCUGGAGCUUCAAACAACCGUACACGACGGUUGUAAAAACCCCGAUCGAAACGUUGGACUUGGGCGAUCCUAUAACACUUAUUCGCACGCACCGGGAAAGUGCUAUCCUUUGUGUCGCCCUGGAUGAUUUCACGUUGCGUCUAGUGGAUCUGGAUACUCGCGUAAUUGUGCGUCGGUUCGACGGACAUCGUGGCACCAUAACCGACGCCUGUUUUUCACCCGAUAGCCGCUGGCUAAUUACAACCGCUCAGGAUUGUGUCGUAAAAGUGUGGGAUAUUCCUUCUUCUUAUCUGAUCGAUCACUUUCGAGUAUCACACAUGUGCACAUCGCUCACAAUGUCACCGACAGGCGAUUUUCUGGCAACUGCACAUGUGGACUACCGAGGCAUUAACCUUUGGGCGAACAAAAGUCUUUUCACGAACGUCACGCUGCGCGGACUGAAGCCCGAGUCCGAUGCUCCAUUGCUGGAUUUGCCAACCGCCUUAUGCGAUGAGCAGCAGGAUGGCAUUGGCUUCCCACUGUAUAACACGAAGCAGAUGGAAGUUGAUGAACUGGAGGAUGUGUUUGAAGAGAUUAAUCUCGAGUACAGUUCACCACCCCAGCUAUCUAGUGAGUUGAUAACCAUGUCCAAUGUGGCAGCAUCUCGGUGGCAGAAUUUGUUGAAUUUGGACAUCAUUAAAAAGCGCAACCGCCCAAGACAAGCUCUGACAAAACCUAAAUCAGCCCCAUUCUUCCUGCCGACCGUGGCUGGUCUGGAUUUCGAAUUCGAUCUACAAGCGACAAUUGGCGAUAAAACGUCGACAGCUGGUGGAAAAAUCGCGGAAGGAGGAUCGCGCAUCAUCGAAUCGAACCAGGUAGAUCAUUUGACCCCGUUUGGAAGGCUGCUAAACGCGGCACUCACUACGGAGGAGUACGGUAAAGCGAUAGACCAUCUAAUGAAGCUUGGCCCGUCCAUGAUUGACUAUGAGAUACGCAAUCUGACACCGUUCAAUAGUGGUAGUGGCAGUCUUCCGGUGAUGGGCGCUUUCAUGCAUAUGAUCGUCUACAUGUUAGGGCAGAGAAAGGAGUUUGAGCUGGCGCAAAGCUACCUUAGCCUCUUCCUUAAAUUGCACGGCCGAACGAUUGUCGAGAACGAGCAGCUCAGCGAACUGCUUCCCGCUAUUGAGGAUGCACAGAAAGCGGAAUGGUCCGCAUUGGAAGAUAAACUUCUUUACGGGUUGGGUGUUGUAAGUAAUUUGCGAAAUUUCAGCGGAUGAACAAUAAACCAACUCAAGAUUACCCCGUGU